ACCUGGAGAAGAGUAGAACUCGCAGCAGCCGAACAGAAACCGCGAACACAGCAACUUAGCACAAAUAUGGGACUGUUAUGUUUUUACUACACAGCGCGGAGGAGUGUUUUAUAAUCGAGUAGAUGUCGGUUUUACAACUUUUAGUCGGGAAUUAGUCGACGUGUUGUUGUUGGCGCCUCAGUUGAAACAAGAGUUCUGCUUUCAGUCGGAUGGAAGUGAGUGAGACAGGUCAGUUUUAAAGACAGACAGCUCGGUGUAACGGCUCCCUCCGAGGACGUUCACCGAGUCUUUCGGUUCAAUGUCCGCAGUAAACUGCGCUGAGGAGCUGGACUUCAGACUGAUCUUUGAGGAGGACGGCAGACAGACGGCAGGUCCAGAUCUCAAUGUGAGGACGCCUCCCUCCUCCACACAGGCCGUGGCGGGGCAGCCCGUCAGCCUGGAGCCGUAUUUCUCCGCCGCAGACGGCUACCAGCAUGUCGGCUGCCACCCCCAGGGGCCCCCGCAGUACGGGGCCCAGAGGAACCCGAGAGCCUUCGACUGCCCGAGUAUCCAGAUCACCUCCAUAGCUCCGAACAGCCAUGUGGAGCCCGGCGCUGGCCACGGAGCUUUGGCGGUGGGCGGGGCAGAGGGGGGCUAUGCUGAGGCAGUGUGGUCCAGGGGCCAGCUGUUCCUGCCCCUGGACCCGUGCUACCGGGACCCGGCGCUCUGCCCGAGCCCCUGCAGCAGCCUGUCGUCCAGGAGCUGGAUGUCCGACCUCUCCUCCUGCGAGUCCUUCUCCAACGUCUACGACGACACCGAGGGGGAGCUGUCCGACGCCGCCCGCCUCGCCCUGGGCUCCCCCCUCGGGUCACCUCUGGGGUCGCCGGGCUGUGGGGGCGGGGCCUUCGGGGUGGAGUUAUGGCAACAGAAAUACCAACAUCCUCUACCCUUCAGCCCGGCGCUGUCGCCCCAUCAGUCUCCUCGCCAGUCGCCCCGUCAGUCGCCCUGCCACUCCCCUCGCACCAGUGUCACGGAGGAGAGCUGGCUGAACCGCCGGCCCACUUCCAGGCCGUCAUCCAGACCGACCUCCCCCUGCGGAAAGAGACGCCACUCCAGCGCCGAACCCCACGCCCGCUCGCCCUCCCCUCACCACUCACCCAGCCCCACGCCGAGCGCCUCCCCGCGGGGCAGCGUGACAGACGACACCUGGGUGGGAAGCCCCGCCGGGGUCCUCGGGCCCCUCCUGAUGUCCGGCUACCAGGAGCUGGAUGUCCCCUCCAAGACCAGGAGGACGUCGGGGACCCAGCUGGGGGGCCUCCUUUCGGGUCAGGGAGACUCGGGGCUGGAACCGUUCCUGGAUUCUCCCGUGGAAGAAGGGCGUGACCAGGACGGCCUGGCUGAGCUCUUCCUGCAGGUGCCCUCCCACUUCAGCUGGAACAAACCCAAACCUGGAAACCCUCCUCUGUUCAGGGUCUCGUCCCCCCCUCCCCUGGACUGGCCCCUGCCCAGCCAGUAUGACCAGUGUGAGCUGAAGCUGGAGGUCCAGCCCAAGUCCUACCACAGGGCUCAUUAUGAGACGGAGGGCAGCAGAGGGUCCAUCAAAUCAGCUGCUGGAGGACACCCUGUUGUGAAGUUGAACGGAUUCAGCGAGCAGCCGGUCAGCCUGCUGUUGUUCAUCGGCACCGCAGACGACCGCUACCUUCGCCCUCAUUCCUUCUACCAGGUGCACCGGGUGACGGGGAAGACGGUCACCACCACCUGCCAGGAGAAGAUCAUGGGUUACACCAAAGUCCUGGAGAUUCCUCUGCUUCCGGAAAACAACAUGUCCGCCAGCAUCGACUGCGCCGGCAUCUUGAAGCUGCGUAACGCCGACAUCGAGCUGAAGAAAGGAGAGACGGACAUCGGGCGGAAGAACACGAGGGUGCGUGUUGUGUUCAGGGUCGCCGUGCCUCAGCCGGAUGGCCGGAUGCUGUGGCUGCAGACAACAUCUGCUCCUGUGGAGUGUUCCCAGCGCUCCGGUCAGGAGCUUCCUCAUGUGGACAGCUUCAGUCCGGCCAGCUGCUCCGUGGACGGAGGAGCGGAGCUGCUCAUCUCCGGAUCCAACAUCUCCACACAGUCCAGGGUGGUUUUCAUGGAGAAAGGCCCCGAUGGAAGAUCGCUGUGGGAAAUGGAUGCCAGAGUUCUGUCAGAAAAAAGCAGCGGAUCCAGCGUUGUGGUGGAGGUCCCUCCGUACAAUAAGAAGACAUCCGGUCCGGUCCAAGUCCAGUUCUACGUCUCAAACGGGAAGAGGAAAAGGAGUCUAACGCAGAGCUUCACCUUCCUGCCUGGAGUCAGAUGUCACCUCCCUCCUCCUCCUCCUGCUGCUGGGGCACAGCUGGUCAAACAGGAGCGCUGGGAGCUGGACCACAUCUCCCACAAUCCACCUGGAUUCAGCCCAGAUUUGUCUUAUUACGAUUCCUGUGACCUCCCAGUGCACUGUGGUCCUCCUUCCCAGAACGCACCUUGUUUCCAUCAUCCUCCUCCUUCCUCCGUCCCCCUUCAAACGUCCUUGAUGUUUCCUCACAGCUCCUCCAUCCGGCGUCACGCCUCCUCCUCCAUGUCUUCUCAGAUCUCCUCGGUCCCCCUUCAGACCUUGAUUCCUCUUCAGACUGCCAUCAUGCCUCCUCAGACCUUCACCAUCCCCCCUCAGAUAUCCUCGCUGCCUCCCCAGGCCUCCUCUGUCCCCCUUCAAACCUUCACCAUCCCCCCGCAGGCCUCCUCGAUACCCCCGCAGUCCUCCUCGCUGCCUCCCCAGGCCUCCCCUGUCCCCCUUCAAACCUUCACCAUCCCCCCGCAGGCCUCCUCGAUACCCCCGCAGUCCUCCUCGCUGCCUCCCCAGGCCUCCCCUGUCCCCCUUCAAACCUUCACCAUCCCCCCGCAGGCCUCCUCGAUACCCCCGCAGUCCUCCUCGCUGCCUCCCCAGACCUCCUCUGUCCCCCUUCAAACCUUCACCAUCCCAACGCAGACCUCCUCGAUACCCCCGCAGUCCUCCUCGCUGCCUCCCCAGACCUCCUCUGUCCCCCUUCAAACCUUUACCAUCCCCCCGCAGACCUCCUCGCUGCCUCCCCAGACCUCCUCUGUCCCCCUUCAAACCUUCACCAUCCCCCCGCAGACCUCCUCGCUGCCUCCCCAGGCCUCCUCUGUCCCCCUUCAAACUUUCACCAUCCCCCCGCAGACCUCCUCGAUCCCCCCGCAGUCCUCCUCGCUGCCUCCCCAGACCUCCUCUGUCCCCCUUCAAACCUUUACCAUCCCCACGCAGACCUCCUCGCUGCCUCCCCAGACCUCCCCUGUUGGACCUCAGAGGGAACAGUCUCCAUCUCUGAGUUCCAGUAGAGCCUUCGCGACCCCCGCUGGUCCCCAGAAGGACUCUCUGCUCUCCAGCCCAGGAGAAGUGCUGAGUAUCAAGCAGGAGCCUGAAGACCAGCCAAACCUGGGAUCCUUGGGCCUCCAGGAGAUCACACUGGAUGAUGUGAAUGAGAUCAUUGACAGAGAUAUCUGCAGUCUGAGCAGCGGCCCCCAGCCCGACCAGUUUGACCAGUACCACCAGUACGACUGGGAGCACAAGUCCGGCGACGCCGCCGCGUCACCGUUCAGGGGAGGCCCUCAGUAGCUGCGCUGCUUCCUCAGGAGAAGACAGCAGUGCUUCUUCUUCUUCUUCUUCUGUUUUGCUGUUUGGACAAAGAAAAUAAAGCGGAAGGCCGUGUUUGCACCAAGUGCACCAAACUGAUCUCCAAGUGCCUGAAAACCAAUCAGCAGCCUCGACGAGUCCGCAGGGCUCCUCCCAUCAGGGUAUCACGUCACAUUGCUGUUUCCUCGUCUGUCUCAGGAAUUUUACCUCACUGACAAACCAAAGAGUUUUUUUGUUUUUUUUUUAGCUUUUCAUGACGAAUUGGAAGAAAUGAAGAAUAAAACAAAAGGGCUGUAAAUCAUCUGUAAGUGUAGAGCUUCAAUGUGACUCAAUCUAACAAUCAGGAAACGUCUUUACAGCAGCUGAAGCACAAAAAAAAAAAAAAAAAGUUAUUAUUUAUUGGCCAGUUAAUUAAAAAAAUCUAUUUUUGAUACUCUGGAUCGACUCCAUUAAAAACUAAAGUCCUUCAGCUGAUCAUUUACAUUUUUUAUAGCUUGGUUUUACUCUGUUUACAUUUCCUUCGCUGAAUUUCAUUACUGCUGUUCAACCUGAACUGUUUUUGGUGUGAAGCUUAAGACACUGAAUUUAUAGAAAUGUAUCGCAAGGUUGAAGUAAAAAGAAAAGAAAAGUCUGUUCUGUGUUUUGAUAAAUACUUUGUUAAACAA